GCCCUCCCGUACUGACUGAGGUAAACGCUUGACUGAAAGUGAAACUUUCAGCUUCUGUUAUUGUCACAAACAACCCGAUACUUUACUGUUAAAUCUCAAAAUUUAAAUAAACGUUAUGUACUGCUGCAGGUCGCUACUGCUUAACUUCCUCGUGUAUUUAUGUGCAUUUAGUGUGCAUGCAGCGAUAAAUGGGAAAUCAUCCGUGAAUCUGAAUCAUUUAGAGCACAUAGAUGCAGAUGCGGUGGAUCAGAUAAGAUCCAAACCGAAGACACACGAGGGUCUGGGUGGGUUUGAACCCGGCGAUGUUGCCCCCGCGUUUAAAGUUCAGACUCUUGAUGGAGUGUUUGUGUAUCCUCCUCAGAAAGAGUCGAGGUCUGCUCUCAUCGUGCACGCGUUUACUAAUAAAUCCGCUUUUCUCGAGUGUCUGUGGACGUGGAACGAGUCUCUUACAGAUCUUCUGGAUUAUCUACCGUCCAGUGUUCAAGUCCUGUUUCUGUCUCUGGAUGAGACCGCUGCGAGUGAUGCUGUCUGGAUGAGAGAGCAGCUGUACAGCGCUACAGCACACAGGAGUAAAGAGAUCAUGUCCAGAUUGCAUUUCUCCCCUGUACCCGUGUAUGCAUUGGGUAACUGGAUACCUAGAGUCUUGUACUCGUGGGGAUGUGGUGGACAUAACUGUGGCCUUGCCCAGGUGGUUUUUACCUCUCCAGACUGGAGCAUUCCUGUGAUUUCCAAGCGUCUGAAUGCCAGAUAUGACUGGCUUAAUAGCCGCUGGGGUGCAGAUCCAUAUCGAUUGUUGGAUGCAGGUGAUGGCUGUAAACCUGACGCUUUUAUCAAAGGUGCAGUGGCUUGGAUAUCUGAGGGUGGCUGCUCUGUCUUCACAAAGAUAAAAAACAUGGCAGAAUCCAAUGCUACGGGUGUUCUGGUGUACGCUUUUCCUGGGAAUCCCAUACGGGAUAUGAACUGCCUAGGGGAUGAAUGUUCUACCUCUCUCAACAUACCUGCAUCUAUGGUCCAUAUAGAACCCAGUGUCAUGCAAGCCCUACGAUCGGGACGGAUUGUGAACGUGACCUUCCAGAUUACUCCUUCUCCAAACUUCUUUAUUGGGAUCGACCAGCAGGGAGCCUUGUCUGAGAUGGGCUGGUUUCUCUAUCCAACCUUUAGAUUUAUUGCCUGGCAGGCACAGUGGUUUGUUUUCAAUGAGGGUUUGCAGGAGCGGCUUAAACGGCCCUCCAGUGUAGUGCCUGUAUUUAAUCGCAGUUUGAUGCAGGGGGAGAUGGGGGCUCGGGCGCUGGUGAAUCUUCCUAAAGACUUCUUGGAUUAUGACAUCCUAGAGUUGGAGGCCUCGCUGUCCUGUCCCGGCCGCAGGGAUGAGACAUGCGCUCAUUGGGAUCACACUGUGCAGCUGUAUGUGUGCUGCGAUCAGUCCAGCCCCUACUGUAACACGGAGAUGGGCCGCUGGAUAACAGCCUUCCGCAGAGGCACGGGUCAUUGGCUGACUGAUGUGUCCUCUUUGAUUCCACUGCUGAAUAAUGCGACGUGUGCCUUUAACAUGAAGACUGUGCCCUGGGCGAUGCCCUGGAUGGUCUCGCUCAAUCUACGCUUCAGUCGUAGCAAUCAGUCAGGAAAUUCCUCAAAAAGACUUUACCCUUUCAAUGUAAUGUCACUCUUCAGUGGAGGAACAUUUGACAAGGAUUAUAACAACAGAUACCAAGAAAUUAAGUUCACUCCUCCAGUUUCAACUAAGAAGGUGGAGUUAUACGCUGUUAUCACAGCCCACGGGUAUGAUGAGAACUUCUGCGGUGAAUUCUGUGUGACGUCACACCACUUUCUGAUCAAUAGACAUAUUAAUAACACCCUCAUUUUCGACACGGCAGGGUCACCCCUGGGCUGUGCCACACGGGUACCUGAAGGGGCAGUGCCAAAUGAACAUGGCACCUGGUUAUACGGUCGUGGAGGCUGGUGUGAUGGACUACAGGUGGAUCCGUGGAGGACUGACAUCACUGCGCAGCUGGACAUGGGUGGAACCAAUACCAUUCUUUACUUUGGACUUUUUGAGGGACGCGACCCAAAUCCAAAAACUGAUCCAGGCUAUAUUAUUAUGUACUCGUAUCUUGUGUACUAUAAAUAAUUUUAUAGACCGUCUUCUGGUUAAAUUGAAGGAAGAAUCUACAAAAACUAUUUUUUUAUUUUCAGUUGUCUCUUGGCAUUAAUCAUUAAUUCGCUUGUGUACAGAAGUAUUGCUUUUGGAUGUAAGAGUCGAUUUUAAUAUUGCUUUGCUGCUAUUUUGUAAGGAAAAUGAGUUAUAUUUUUCUGUAUAGAUGUGUUUAGGUGGAAUCAGACAAUGAAUAAAUUUCUAAAUGUUUUUCGACUUGUUUUACAUUAAUUAUAUCUUAUACCAAGACAGAAAGAAUGAAAUCUCAUUCAAACUAAUUGAGAUGCAGAUAACAGAAACUGAAUGUGUUACCUGUCAUUUUCUUUAUGAAAAUCGUCUUUAUGAAAGCUUGCCUACAUGCUCUUUGUGUACUGCUUUCUCAAGGCUGAAGAUUUCGGUUGUGGAAAACCUGAGACGCCUGCUUUGAUGCGUUUAUUUCAGCCACAGGUUCUUGACGUUCGUGAAGCAGGUUUAUAUGAGCAACGGAUGUGUGUUGAGCCAGGAUGAUCUCGGGUGAUUCGUACAAGGUUUCGACAAAGGACACUGUGAACAUUUUAGCUAGUUGGAGGACAUGGCCUUGCCAUUGGUGCAUGGAGACCAUGCGUGGCGUGGCCAAGGAUUGAAGAGAUUCAAAUGGGAACGUUUAAUCCUUGAAGUACAGAACAACAUCUUGUUUACCCUAGGAAACCGAAAACAACCUUGGAGCUACAGGUAUAGUUUCUUCCCCACCCUACAGGUACUGUAAGUGUCCAGGGGUCUCAUUUAUAAAGCGUUCGCCAGUUCCUACGCAAAGGUUGUGAUCUAUAAAAAACAAACUUGAUGGGAGAAUCGGCUUGCAUUGUGGGAUCUGAGGAUGAUUCAUGUACACACACUUGCAGGUGAUCUGUGAUUUAUAAAGGAAAAAUUGCUUUGUUUUUAAUAUUUGGCUUUUGUGCAUAUAGACUUUUGGUAAGGAUCCUAUGCAACCUAUGUUUUAUAAAUGAGACCCCUGGACAUUUCUUUAAUUUGAGUUUCAUUGUUUUUCAAGGAUCCAUUGUUGCAUUUUACAGGAAUAGUUCACCCAAAAUUUAAAUUUGACCAUAUUUUACUCCACCUCCACCAGGAAAUAUAUUUUUAUAAAUAUAACUUUAUGAAUAUGUGAGUUGAAAUCAGGCUGGAGGCCUGAAAAGACAUUUAAUAACUGUAUGGAUGAGUUUUUGAUCGAUGGAUGUAUGCACUAUUCUAUUCCAUUAUAAAGCUGAAAAGAGUAAGGAUAUUAUUUAAUACAACUCGGGUGACUGUGUUUGGUUGAAAGAAAAGUAUACUGCAAAAAAAAUAUUUUCAAGAAAUUUUUUUGCGUAUUUUGUCUUGUUUUCAGUAAAA